GCUACGCAUUUAUCUCGUGACUUACUGUGGCCCUAGCUAGUUUUCACUUCCAUGUAUUUAUAUUCCAGCAUCCAUUCCCCAUUCUUCACCCCUGUAUACACCCUCUCUCUCUCUCUCUCUCUCUCUCUCUCUCAGCUGUGUAUUUGAAGGUGAAGCAAUGAAGCAAUAUCAAUUUCGUCCUCUUAUUCUCUUUCUAUUCCUAAUUAUUUCAGCUGGAAAAACAUCAGCCCGUUUCCCACCAACCAAACAAACAGGGUCAGAGGGGGUGAAGCUCAACGAAACAACCGGUGGAAAUUCUGAUCAUGUAGAGAUUGAAGACAACGAUUCUUCAGGGUUGCAGCAGCUGAUGGGAGGGGAGGAAGAUUGUGGGAGUGGAGAUGAGGAAUGCUUGAAGAGAAGGGUUGUGGCAGAGGCUCACUUGGACUACAUCUACACCCAGGGACGUCGUAAACCCACAAGGACUCCUACUACUACUACUUCCCCUUAGAUAUAUUGCAUGCACACUUCCCAGCUGGGUUCCAUCUUCAACUCAACCUAUCCCUAUAAUAUUAUAUAUAUAUAUAUAUAUAUAUGCUAUGCUUGUCUCGAUCUGCACGUUUUCUUAACCAUCUACUAUAGUACUACUACUAACGUAUAGUUUGAUCGAAUACUUCCAUUAGCUUGCAACUUGGGUGUGCAUUAAUUGUCUCUCUCUCUAUAUAUAUAUACACACAUACAACCGUGUGCGUUACAUUUGACUCUUAAA